AUGGCAGCCGUCGCCCCCGGACUCGCCAUGCCUUUCAGUGACACCCUCCCUGCCACUUACUCUGGCUCUGCCGCCUUCUCCGCUGACCCGCAAGUCAUCUUCAACGUCAUCCCCCCUUCCGCUGGUAAAUCCUUCCUCGUUCUCCUUAUCGUCAUGUGUCUCUGUCUCGGCGCUGUCACUAUGGAGCUCUUCAACCACAUCCGAUUCGACAUCAAUCUCAUCCGUAAACCGGGUUGGACACAGCCAGCCAAAUUCGUCUCCCGUAUCGCCUAUCUCUCCUGCCGCUACCUCUCUGUCGUUUGUUUGCUUCUUGUGGUGCUUUUCCUUUGCUUAAAGUUUGAUGAUUGCAAAGCAGUGCCCGAGGCGUUCAACAUUUUGGGUAUGAUUCUGCUGGAUUCGGUUUCGCUGGUCUUUGUGCAAAGGACGAUGGCCUUGUAUGGUUGGAAGCCGAAGAUUGUUGCUCCGUUGACAAUGUUCUACUGUGUAGUGCUGGCUGCUGCGGCAGUGUGCAUUCCUUUCUAUGGUGUCGGGUACAGGAUCCCAGGAACCGAGUUCUGUGCAUACAAUACCCGCAGACACCUCACAAGGACACUUGCAGCCAACAUCGUCUACAAGUCUCUCAGCAUGAGUUUCGAUGUCAUUUUGCUCCUUCUCACUCUGCAUCGACUUGUCGACGGCGGUCUCAAAGCAGUUUUCAGCAAGAAACCUCAACAGCUUUACUCAGGUAUCACGGACCGCAGCUUAUCGAGCUUCCUCAUUCGCCAAGGUUUCCACUUCUACGUCCUUCAGCUGGGUACCGACAUUUUCUUCGUCUCGACCUACUUCAGUCUCACCGAGCCUUCGUAUCAAGUUUUGGGUACUGCUUUGAUUCUCUGCAUUCCACCCAUUGCCGCAGCAGCUGCAUUCAGAGAGAUGGGCAAGAAAGCCUCUCUCGUCACAGCAAAGAAUGCAGACGUGAACGAGAUUAUGAACUCUACCAACUCUCCCUCUGGUGAUAAUUCUGGUGCUCGAGGUACUCGUAACCGACAGGGCUCCGCCGCCCCUCUUAGCGGUAUUUCCGCCGAAUUGAACGGUGUAACUUCUGUGACCGGAGGAGUAGGUGUCAACUCAUAUGUCCUCCAAUCGCGUUCCAAUCCAGGCACUAUCAGCGCCCAACCCGAAAAAUUAACCCGCAUCUCCUGGGGUGGUCGACGCAACCCGCUCACCCGCUCACGCAACGAUCCCACCGAUCUUGAACACAACAGCAUCCUCGUCACCAUCGGCACCGUCUCUCGCUCCGAAGACGUCGAUCAGGAAUGGGACGGUGGCUCACCUCGUUACUCUUCCGACAAUCCUGAUCCUGAAACGCUCGAAAUGCAGCGUCAGUGGCCCAGACUGGCGAUCCAAGGUACGGAUGAAGCUGCGCAUAGAUCCAGCGAAGGUCAUAGUUCGACGCAAAAAGUGGAUUCUGAAAGGGCUGCAUUCGAUCCUGUUACUGUACCAACCUUGGCGAGAAGGCCGACGGGGCACAGCCAUAAUCCUUAUCUGGGGCAUUUGAACGGUGGUGGAACAGGUGAAAGUGCAAAUUCGAGCCCAUGGAUUCCUCAGACUCCAGAAAGCCCUUACCCGCCAACACUGCUGUCGCCAAGAUCGUUUUCGAGACAUGCAGCAACAUGUGAUGCAGGUAGGAGCAAUAGUAUCACCCGCGCGCCAUUGUCGGCACAUCCUCCUGUUGAGGAGGAAGAUGAUAGCCCUUGGCGUUCGCUCUGA